AUGGGUAUUUGGGACCACGCCACCACCCAUGGGAGGAGAGUCCUAGGGGCUGUUCCUACCCCAGAGAGGGCUCAUGGGGCACCAGCGACUCUCCCGGAAUUGCUGCGUCCCUGGGUGAAUCCAUGGGACCCGUCGUUGCCCUCUCGUAAGAUGUCUGGGGCGGUGCCGCCUGUGAGGAAUCCCUUGGCACCCCACGAAUCCAGCGAUUGGUCACUGAGUGUGACACCCUGGGAAGGUGCUAGGGUUGCGCCCUGGAAGGGUCCCGGAGAGCAUGACGCUGAGAAGGGUCCCUGGGAAGGUCGCUGGGGACGUUUCUAUCACUGGGUUCUCUCUGGGGGCACCAUUAUCCCUGGGAAGGUCCCUGGGGGCUCCACUGCCCCUUGGGGCCCCGGAGCCCCUGAAUGGGUUCCUGAGACCGCCACCACCCAUGGCAGAGUCCCUGGGGCAGCGCCGGCCCCAGAGAGGGCUCCUUGCGAUGCCGGCGCCCCUUGGAGGUUGCUGGGGUCGCCGCCGUCCCUGGGUGGAUUCCUGGGAACGUCGUCGCUCCUCGGCCUUUGGGGACCCUUGGCAGAGUCCUGGGGGCGCCGCCGCCAUUGCGAGGGCCCCUGGGACGUAACCGCCCUUGGGAGGAUCCCUGGGGACGUCGCCGCCCCUGGAAAGGGCCGUGAGGCCGUAAGUACCAAUGGGAGAUCCCCUGGGAGCCCAACAUCACUUGAAAGGGUCCCUGGGAAGGUCCCUGGGGAAGCUCCUAUAACUGGGAGUGUCUGUGGGGGCGUCAUUAUCCCUGGGAAGGUCCCUAGGGGCUCCACCGCCCCUUGGGGCCCCAGAGCUCCUGAAUGGGUAUUUGGGACCGCCACCACCCAUGGGAGAGUCCCUGGGGGCUGUUCCUACCCCAGAGAGGGCUCCUUGGGGCACCAGCGACUCUCCCCGGAAUUGCUGCCGUCCCUGGGUGAAUCCAUGGGACCGUCGUUGCCCCUCGUAAGAUGUCUGGGGGCGGUGCCGCCCCUGUGA